CGCUCCCGGAUAAUUGGCGAUCAAAUUUUUGCACUUUCGUAAGAUCGAUCUUGUUUCACAAGUCUCUGCUCUUUCGUCACAUGUCCAGCGCGAAUAAUGAUGAAUCGUCCAAUUGUCAAUAGGCGCGAUGCAAUCGUCAAUUUGUUGUUUAUGACAACAGUCUUCUAUCGACUUUCUUUAUCAUCGAUAAUAACAGUCUGAUUUAUGACGCGGCGACACUUGCGUUAGAUCCAUUCGUGUAUUAAACAGAGAGACGGAUGGACGCUCGGACUUGAGAGAGAAAAAGAGAGAAAGGAAGAAGAGGAAAGAAAAAAAGCGGGAAGCGCGAGUAACACGAACAGACCUAAUUCGUCACAUGUCUUCGGACGAUGCGAAGUACAAUCUCGUCGCGUUAUCGACGGGGCGGCCGUGGUAGCGGCCAUUUGCAUUCACAGGACGGGCUAUUGUCCGAGAGGAAGGGAAUUGUCAGAUUUGCGGGAUUUGCGGGACGUAUCUAGCGUACGCGGCUAGCUUGUGAUCCUUGUCACGUGAAAAUGGCGAGGUCGAGUCAUGACGUCGCCAAGUGUGUCCACGAGAAUACCAUUCAGGAGAAUGAAAAGAGGCUGCGCGAGGCGCGAAUUAAGAGUCAGGGUAAAGGCCGCAUCCGACAGGAUUUGAACAGAUUGCUUCGCAAACUCAACCAAGCUGUUGAAGAGAAUUCGACGAAAAGUUCAGACAAAUUGAAUCUGUCGUGCUACAAUAGGAAUGUCACAAGUUGUUGGUAUGGCUCGAUCCCUAAAUUUCCAUCUGGAUCUUGGUGGGGUAUACGUAUGGACUGCUCCAGAGACGGUGUACACAAUCCCUUCAAUGCUGAUGUGGAUGAGGGAUCCUUUGGCGCUGCUUCUGUUUGUACUUCACAGGCCAACAUGAACGAGGAUGUAGACUUUGGUGAUUUUCUCACACUCACCGGCCAAGUGUAUCACAAAGAGCAACUGAGCACAGAUCCAUUUAUUCACAAUUACAAGAACCAGAUACCAUUGAGAUUAAUUCGAAGCUACAAUCUGCAGAAUGACAUAGCACCUAACACAGGCUACAGAUACGAUGGGCUCUACAUAGUUAUAGACUAUUGGAUAGCCACCAAUGCGGAUGGGAUCCAGUACAAUAAAUUUGCUCUAAUGCGUCUUACCGACCAAGAGUCACCGAAUUGGAGUAGCAAGAGCUCAGAAGUCCCAUCUGUCACACGACACAGCACAUCUGCGAGACCAAACCAUCAUCCGAAGCCUCCAAUCAUUACCUCCAACACGUAUGACUUACGGAAAUGUUCGCCCAGCACCGACGGCAAGCGGAAAUUCAACCACAGAGACAAUCGUGAAGCUCUACCGGUCGCAAAGACGAUACCAUCGUUCGACACGAAGAAGUCUGUACCUGAGAGCUCCAUCGUCACGCGUCAUGUCUUCAAGAAACCAAGCAACGCGGAGAGCAUAAUAUGCUCAACUUCCGUACCUGAUCGAAAGACGUUAACGUGCCUUGGUACAUCAGCACCGAAGACUCACAGUACAAAUAUCUCGAUACGUAUGGGUCUAUAUGAAUCGUCCCAUAACGCGCAGGAAGCGAAGAGGAACGUCACGACGAUGUUGCACAAACCUUUCAAGCCGAUUGACAUCGCCAAUCGUACGGCUCUGGACAUAGACGUACGUUCGCCACCGAGGAAGGAUCCCAAGCCCGUCGCGAGAAUAGACAUGGACACUACGACGCGGGUGAAUCCUCAGCCGGUCGAGAGUGCGACGUCUUGCAACGGCCACGUUGUCGCGAGCGAUAAUACCAUGAACAAACUCGAUUGUUCUUUGAGCAAGCGCAAGAAGGACGACUCGUGUUCUCGCGCCGUGCAUCCAUCAGGAUGCUCGCCGUACGCCGCGUCUGCGCCGGUGGAUGGCUCAAAGAACAACGUGAAUGGCAACGAAUGUCAGCAACACUCGCGAGAUGCUGGACGAGUCGUGAAUGUGCCUAUGUCGAACAGUGUCGAUGAACCACCAAGGAGUCCAGUCACGAUGCGCGAGAGAAUCUCCAGAAGUCAGGACGCCUCGAAGCAGUCGGGUGAGGCGCUCCAUACGCAGGACAUCAAGUCCUUGGAAUCCUUGACGCCCGACAAGAUCUUGAAUCUGAUCAACAAGGAGAAGCAUCACCCUUUGUCCAAGAUGUUGAUCGGCAAUGUGAUAGGCCUGACUACGGAGGAGUGCGCGAUGUGGGAUGCGCCGAAGGUGAACACUCCGGACGCGUCGCCAAAGAUCAGUCACAAGCAGAGGGACAACACCAAGGAAAACGUUGUCUGCUUGUCCGAGGAUAUGAUGCUGAGCAGACGGUAUUGCAGGUAUCGGUCCAAGAGGCUGUCUUGGAAGGUGUCGAAGCAGACGGACGCGGGCAAAUUCGACAAGGCGCUGCGCCGCCAGUCCCGCAACGACGUGGAUCAGAAUCGCAACAGGAGAACGCGGAUGAAAGAUCCCAGCGACGGGUCGAAAGAGAACAACGAGUACCUGUCGCCGUUCAACGUGCAAUCCUCGCUACAGACCAUCGCGCAACACACUCGCAGUGCGUACGACAUAAAGACGCGCCUGCGGGCCGACAAAGACGUGCUGACGAAGCAGGAUUUCUCCAGCUCGCCGAUGAAAAAGAACAGACUCCACAAAAAGGGGGAUAGGGAGAUCGCCAACUUGUUGAUAGACGCCAAUAUCGGGCCGAAGAUGCGCGGGCCCAGGAACAGGAGGCUGCGGUGCAUAAACAACACGUACACGAACAAGAGGUGUUACAGCACCCUGAACACCAUAGUGUACCCGCCCGGCAAGCGCAACAGGAUCACGGAGAAGCAGCGGUACAAGUCUAACUUCAAGCGGAAGAGCAAGCCAACCAAGGUCGGCCGUCAGCCUGCUCGGGACAGGCAAAGCAAGGACAGGUACAGAGUGUUACGCAGCAGGAGUUCCACCGAGGACAUGAACAGCACGAGCAAAGAGGAGAGUCUCGGCAGCGCGAUGAAGAGCAACAACGAUCGCGGUUACAACGCUAACACUAAUGAGGGCAGCAGAAAGAAGGAGAACAGAAGCGCGGCGAUCAGCAACGUCAGUGACUGUAACGUUCCUAAAACCUCCUUCGACAGGAGUCUUCGGAAGAAGCUGGUGCAGACAGUGCCUUUGUCACGUCGCGCUCCACAGACCUCGCGGCUGUAUUAUUUUCGUAAGAAACCGUUGGAGAAGCCCAACACGAUGGACGCGACGACGCAGUGCAGGCUCAUCUUCGAGGGUCCGGCUGAGAACAGCUCGGAAAGAAGCGUAGAAGGAAGCAAGAAACCGGGAUUCACCUCUUCCGGACACUCGGCCGACCGUAGGAUCAAGCUGCAGCCGGAGUCUGUACUCGAUGUGGUGUGUAACGAUCAAGGCUCUCAGGUGUACACGACGACGCUGCGCAUCGCCACCUCCGCACUCACGACGAGCGACGAGUGCCACGCGAGCUCCUCGGGAUCCACGCGCAGGACGCUAACGGAGAAGGACAGGACGUCGGCAUUCGUGCCUGUGAACACGUUGGACAGCGACCUGCGGAUAGCACGGCUCCGGUCGAUCGGCUUCAGGCCCAUAAUCAAACCACGGUCACCGCUCGACGAGAAACGAUCUGUCGUCCAGAGCGAACGGAAGCAUUUGCUCGUAAGCACGAGCAAGGUAACGAAACGGGACGUCGCCGAGGAAUACGACAAGUACACGAAUAACGAAGAUAAUAACGUGGUAGUCUACAUGGACGACGAGCUGCAAUAUCAGGAUAUCGAGGAGGAGGACGAAGGUGCGAGGACGAAGUCGAUGGAGCCAACGUUGGUGGAAGUAGAAGGAGAUGAUGAUAUCGAUGAUGAUGAUGAAGAUGACGAUGACAAUGAUGAAGAGCAAGACGUACAAUCGUACGACGAUAAUACCGUAUCACCGGAAAUGUUGGUGUCGCGCGAGAACCUGGAAUCUCCUUGGCAUGGCUGGAAGAAAAUCGUGACGAACAAUCGGUCCUAUUGGAUCGGCUGGUAGUGCAACUGCGCAAUUGAAGGUGCUUUCAUUAUUGCAAUGAGGAAAAAAAAUUGAACCGUUUUAUCACACAAAAUGUGUAUACAAUAUUAUAUUUUUAUUUUUCUUUCUUUUUGCCAAAAAUUAAAGGCUGUUGAGAGUAACAUUCUAAAUUAUUCUUCUAACAGUAAUAGUACGGUAUUCGAGUUGACUAAUAUAUUUUAAGAAAGCAUCGAGA